ACAAAGGAUAAACUGUGCAGUCUUUUUUUCCCAAAAAAAAAAACAAACUGUGCAGUUUCAUUUUAGAAGAAAAUCCAAACGGCGGUAAAGCUGAUGUGUCGACCAUUCACCACACGUUCAAGAUCAAUAAAUGUCUUGACAUAAAAUCUUUCGUCGCCAUUUGCCGGCGAAAUGUCGAACGCCGAGGAAGUAACGGUAGUCAUAGUUCCCUUCCCAGCCCACGGCCACCUCAACCAACUCCUUCACUUCUCCCUACUCCUCUCCACUCGCUCCGGCAUGACCGUCCACUUUGCCUCCACCGCCUCUCACAAUCGCCAAGCCAAACUCCGCCUCCAAGGCUGGCCACUAUCCUCCCUCUCCUCCAUCCACUUCCACGACCUCCCACUUCCCUCCAUCCCUUCCCCUCCACCCAAUCCCCACUCCCCCUACUCCUUCCCCACCCACCUCCAACCCCUCUUCGACUCCACCGACCUCAUCCGCUCCCCCCUCUCCUCUCUCUUACUCUCCCUCUCCGUCUCCUUCCGCCGCCUUGUCGUAAUUCACGACCGCCUCAUAUCGUUAGAUUGCUUUGAAGCCGCUGCGAUCCCCAACGCUGAGUCCUACACCUUCUGUGGUCCUUCCGCAGCCUUCCUCUGCGAAGUAGAGCAACUGAUGAAGCAGGGAAACGACUUGGAAGAGUUAGCGUCGCCGGAGUUCAUAAGGUUUAUUGAGCGGAGGAGAAGAGAUGUGGUCACGAGCUCCGGCUUUAUCAUCAACACCUGCCGGGAGGUGGAGAGCGAGUUUAUCGAUAUUCUUGCCCUGCAGGAGGAUUUUUUCGGCAAGCCAAUAUUCGCCAUUGGGCCGCUCAAUCCUGUGCCGAUGCAUAACAACACAUAUAUCAGUCGCGACGAGUGCUUGGAGUGGCUGGACGGGCACCCGCCUUGCUCCGUCGUAUAUGUAUCCUUCGGCACCAUGUCAACAAUUUCCGACGAGCAAGCGAAGCAGCUGGCCUAUGGGCUUCGUCGAAGCGGGCACCGCUUUCUUUGGGUCCUACGGGAUGCCGACCGAGCUGACAUCUUCUCCUUUGAGAGCACUAGUCGGCAGUUGCCGACCGGGUUCGAGAAGGCGGUGGAGGGGGUGGGAAAGGUCGUGAGGGGAUGGGUGCCGCAGCUGGACGUGUUGGCCCAUCAGGCCACGGGCGGGUUCAUGUAUUUUAGAUAUCACUAA